GCGUCAAGACUGCCGAUCUUGCGUACCGCACGCAUUAGUAUAUUACGUUACGAGGCCGUAAAGUGGCUGAUGUGAUUUUUUUUUCUUUUUUACAAUACUGUGAUUUAGGUGCUUUUUGAAUCGACUAGCUUCGACAUACAUAUAGGAAUACCAUUGGAAGUAUAAUUAUCAUGUCUGGCGAGGAUUUACGUUUUCACAUGUGCCAGCCGACGGUGUACCCGGCCGAUCCGUUCGAGCCGGAGGAGGACGCGAAGACGCUGAGGGAGGCGAUGAAGGGCUUCGGGACCGACGAGACGGCCAUAAUCGACGUGCUGGCGCACCGCGGUAUAAUGCAGCGCCUCGCUAUAGCCGACAAGUACAAGGCGAUGUUCGGCAAGGACCUCAUCUCGGAUCUCAAGGGCGAACUCGGGGGUAAUUUCGAGAACGCGAUUGUCGCCAUGAUGACCCCCCUGCCCGAGUUCUACGCCAAGGAGCUCAACGACGCGAUCAGCGGCAUCGGCACCGACGAGGAGAUCAUCAUCGAGAUCCUCGCCUCCCUCAGGAACAUCCAAAUCGUCGCCGAUGUCUACCGAGACAAGUACGGCAACGAUCUCGAGAGCGACAUCAUGAGCGACACCUCGGGCCACUUUCAGCGCCUGCUCGUCUCCCUUUUGAGCGGAGGUAGGAGCACCGACCUUGGCGUGGACGAGGCGGAAGCGACCAACGACGCGGAGCAGCUCAUCGCGGCUGGCGAGGGUUGCUGGGGCACGGACGAAAGCGUCUUCAACUCGAUCCUCGUGACCAGGAGCUUUUCCCAGCUGCGCAAAGUCUUUGACGAGUACGAAAGGAUCAGCGGCACCGACAUCGAGGACGUCAUCAAGAGCGAGUUCUCCGGUAGCCUUCAGGAGGGGUACAUCGCCGUCGUGCGUUGCGUCCGAAACAGAAGCGUCUACUUUGCCAAGAAGCUGAAGCACGCGAUGUCGGGCAUGGGUACGAACGAGAAGACCCUCAUCCGGAUAAUCGUGGCGCGAUCGGAGAUCGAUCUUGGCGACAUAAAGGAAGCUUAUCCGAGCAUCGCGGACGGAAGGCAACUGGCUGACGACAUUGCCGACGAUUGCGACGGUGAAAUGAAACGACUCCUGACUGCACUAGUGUAUUAAUCAUUAAUGUGCCUUUCAAGAUUAAUGAGCAUCACACUCUAAUUUACCUAUAAAUUCUCAAACAUGCGUAGAACCAAAGCCAAAUUUUACAUAAAAGUUUCCACAUCUUCUUCAUCUAUUUAUAAACGCACUGUUACUUAAAAAUAAAAAAAUUACCAUAGUUUCA